GGCGAAAGGCAGCGGGGGCCGCCCGGCGCCUGCGAGAAGGGCAGGCUGUACGGCGGUGCAGAUCUUGCCCCGUGGAGGUGAAGGAAGGUCCUGGGUCGCUAGCGGAACCCGUGCGCAGGACCCUGUUGCAGCCCGGCGCCAGGCGGCGGUGCGGUGGGUGCCACGCGCGUGCGCGGCGGCGCUUCCGGCUCCGGCAGCCUCUGCAGUGUGCACUCUAGUUCCGGGUUCCCUGCAGUUCCCGAGGCCGUAGGUGCAACCGGCUUCUGCGGACCUCGAGCUCGGCGCCGGACACCCUGGAGGCGGGCCAGAGGCUGCCGGAGCCCACGCUCGUCCCCGGCGCCGGCGCCGGCACCGGGAGGAGAGCGGGAGCGGCGUGCGCUCUCCGAGCCUGGCAUUCCAGGCUCGACCGGGCGUCGCUGGAAAAGGGACCCGCGGCGGGGGUGGAGGAAACUUGGGUCGAAUAGGUUUCUCAGCAGAUUCAGGGCUAUGAAGCCAUUCGAGCUCGCACUUUUUAAAAAAGAUGAAGAAAUUAAAGCUUAAGGAACUGGAGAGUCGCCUGCAACAAGUGGAUGGAUUCGGGAGGCCCAAGCUAUUUCUAGAACAGUAUCCGACGAGGCCGCACAUUGCAGCAUGUAUGCUAUAUACAAUCCAUAACACAUAUGAUGAUAUUGAAAAUAAAGUGGUUGCAGAUCUAGGAUGUGGUUGUGGAGUGCUUAGCAUUGGAACUGCAAUGCUAGGAGCAGGGUUAUGUGUUGGAUUUGACAUAGAUGAAGAUGCACUGGAAAUAUUUAACAGGAAUGUGGAAGAGUUUGAGUUAACAAAUGUUGACAUGGUUCAAUGUGAUGUGUGCUCAUUGUCUAACAGAAUGUCCAAGUCAUUUGAUACAGUAAUUAUGAAUCCUCCCUUUGGGACCAAAAAUAAAGGGACAGAUAUGGCAUUUCUGAAGACUGCUCUGGAAAUAGCAAGAACAGCAGUAUAUUCUUUACACAAAUCCUCAACAAGAGAACAUAUUCGAAAGAAAGCUGCAGAGUGGAAAAUAAAGAUAAAUAUUAUUGCAGAUUUAUGCCCUGUGGCUUCUAUGCCCAGCACUUGUCUCGAGGUAUCUUUACCACCUGGAGGAAUUAUGAUACUCGAGCUGCGAUACGACCUGCCAGCAUCAUACAAGUUUCAUAAGAAGAAAUCAGGUGGACAUUGAUGUGGACCUAAUUCGGUUUUCUUUUUAAAAGCCUCCUAAGACAAAAGCAGCUUAAAACCUAAUUAAGAUGAGUAAAAAAAAUGUCUACUCAACUACUGAUCUCCAGCACCAUUUUCUGUUUUCUGUUGUUUUGAUGCAGGUUCUUCUUUGUCUGUUUCUUCUCUUGCUCUUUUUACCAGUCCUAUGCAACAAGAGAAUUAACUUCUGUUAAGUUUACUGUAUUACUCUAUUUUCAUACUGAGCCUGAAAAAUAAUUGUUUAAAAAGAUUUACAGUAACUUCCUACACCAAUGAGAAAAGUAUUUUCCUUUUGUACAGACUUGUUCUCUAAUCUUACCUUCCACACAUCUGUUUCCCACUUGUCAAACAGAAUACCCAGUAUCCCAAUCCAAAACGUCACUUAUACAGAAGUUGAAAAACCACUUGCCAUUCUGUCCCACAAAUAAUUUCUUAUGAAAGUACUAAAGGAGUAAAAAGCUUACCCGAGCAGUAAAGACAAGUAGUGACUCUAUAGCGUCUUACUAUGCUGAUGAACAAUGACUGUAAUGGGGUAUGUGGUAGGGAGCUUAUGUAUAUUAGUGAUACCAAAAUAAAAUUUAAAAAAUUAAAAAAAAAAA